CGAUACUUUUAGUGACAUCACCACGUUUGAAAUCAAAUUUACAACUGAAAUUCUUAGUACGCGCCACAUAGGGUAAUUUCUGAAACUUUGUGUCUAUAAUUUGUGGAAAUAAGUGGAUUUAUUGGAUUUCAAACUUUGACGUUUAACCUUUUGUGACGAACUAACGGGAGGCUAUUAAAAUGGCUGACUUUGAGGAAGAAAAUUUGGAGUUGCAAAGAAUCAUGGCUGAAAAUGUCAAUGAGCUCGCUUCGAUAUGGACGGAAAUGUUUGAUGAAGAAAUGUGUUUGUACAAUUUCAAAAAACUAAAGGAGCAUGUGAAAACAUUCUUCACAGAAUUGAAAGAAGAGUCUGUUCACAGGAAAGGGUUAAUCGAAAAUGAAAUAGAAGAGCUACGCAAAGAAGCAGAUACACUUUGCCGUUUACUUAAAACAGAUGUUGUACUGCCAAAAAUGGUAAAUUGUGAUGUACCGUUGGUAGUUCUGCAGUCGAAAAUGGAUAAAAGUUUGACUGAAUUACGUGAACAGUUGCGGCGGCGCCGUGAGGAAAUAUGCGAACUCUUACUUGAACAGGAGGGCUUGUGUGAAGAAUUGGGAGAAGCACCUCGGCCGCUUUUAGCCGAUCCAUUGCCCUCAGAAGAAGAAAUUGCGGAAUUCCGUGGUCAUUUAGAGCAGCUCAAGGUGGAACGAAUGGAACGCUUAAAUGAGAUGUCAGUUUUACGUCGAGAAAUAAAGAAUUAUUUACAUAUAUUAGAAACACAGGUUAAUACAGAUAAAGAGGAUCGAUUAUUAAAUCACAGGCAAAUCAAACUUAACGAAGAGACAUUUAAAGCACUAAAAGGCAUGCAAGAAUUUUAUGGAGCCCGAGUGCAAGCAUUGUCGGAGCGCAUCGAUGGCAUUCGUAAGAAAUUAGAAGCUUUGUGGGGACGUUUAAAAACAUCACCAAAUACUCGAAAUAAAUUCAAACGUCAUACAGAAUAUAGUCAGCGGACGUACAAUACACUGAAAGAAGAACUAAACCGCUGUGAAUCACUACAAAGCCAAAAUAUAAAAGAAUGUCUGCAAACAAUUCGUUCAGAGAUUGUAGAGUGGUGGGAUAAAACUCUUAAAUCAGAAACAGAGCGAAACCGUUUUUCGAAUUUCCAUAGCAAUUGCUACACUGAAGAUCUUUUAGUGUUGCAUGAAAUAGAGUUAGAGGACUUGAAACGUUUUUAUGAAAAUAAUCGACAGAUAUUUGAAUUGUAUGAUAAUCGAAGAUUGUUAUGGGAUCGCAUGAUUGCACUGGAGUUAAAAGCUUCAGAUCCUGGUCGAUACAAUAACCGAGGUGGUCAACUGUUAAAAGAAGAAAAGGAGCGCAAAACAAUCGCUACCAAAUUGCCGAAAAUUGAGCAGCAGAUUAGAGAAUUAGUUUUGGAAUAUGAAGAAAAAGAACAUCAGGAGUUCAGAGUAUAUGGUGAAAGUAUUUUGGAUUUGAUGGAAAAAGAAUGGGAUAAAAAGCGUCAAGAAAAGGAAAAAAUGAGCAGUGCGAGAAAAAACGCUCAAACACCACAUCCUACUACAGGACGAACGCCAAUGUCAGCAAAAAACGGUUCAAUGGUUUCAAUCCGUAAAGCAACUUCUCAUACAAACUUGUCAGCUUUUCCGUCUUCAACGGCAAAUUCAGCAAAAAAACGGAAAUUAAUUCAAAACGAAAGGAAUACUCCUUUGGCUAAACGAAGUUUGGUUUUCUCAGUUAACAGCCCCCGCGUCUUUAAUAAACCAGCGCUUACAACGCGAAAUGCUGCCUUAUCGACUGCAGCAGGGAAAUUGCCAUCAAAAUCGCCUUUCAAAUCACCGCUGAAGAAAACUCGAGUGAUUGCUACAACAAUACGUCGAAAGUCUGGUAGGCAGAGUUCAGGAAGCAAAAAACGAUCUUCAUUAAAUAAGAGUACUAAAAAGAAGGUAGUUAAUGUGCCGAAAAUACACAUUAAUGAUGGAUCGGACUGGGCUACAGAUGAAGGCGCAGAUGAUGCUUAUGAAUCAUUUCAAAAAUGCAUUGAUCCUGAUUCGCGUUCGUCAAUAAUACACUCAGCUUUUUCACAAGCCGCUUCAGCGUCAAGUAUAUCAACACGUUCAAAACGCAUAUAUACUAAUGAAAGCCGAGUUGUCCACUUGCCCAAUCCUCGAGCCGGCCUUCACCAUCCACUCACUCCGUCCAAAAUGUCACCCGCGAGCAGCAACCGAAAACUUACUACAAAAAAUUUGCCAAUAAUCAUUUAAAAUGUGUUACUGUUAAAUUUUGUAUUUUUAGUUACGAUUUUUUUUUGUGUUUGUGUGUAUUUGAGUGUAUUCAGACAACUUGAUAUUUUUCUUUAAUAAUUUUAAAUCGGGACUUUUCGAUAAAGUUUUAUCGUAACAUUUUUUUUUAUUAACCAAAUGUUAUUUCAAUCAAUUUUUUCAAGAUUACCAAUUCAUUUUAUAUAUUAUAAGAUUUUCGGUGGUUGGUCAGAAGAAUAUAUACUUAAUAACCUCUCUGGUUGCAAUAAAUGUUCCCUGUGCGUUUAUUGAACAAAAAAUGAAUUUAGUAAUUUAUGUUAUCAGACCGGACCUCUUAUUCUCUAGAUAUCUACACGGUUAAAAUCCUCAUAAUAAUACGGAAAAGAUUGGUUAAAUAAUGCCAUUUUCCUUAGGCUAUGCAUACGAUAUACAUCCGGGAGCCAACUUUGCCAUGAAUUUAGUGGACGUACCAGCUCAUCAGCAUAUACAGUCAACGUCAAAAGAAAGUGUACUGGGUAUUUUACGCGUCAAAACAAAGUUUACAAAUACACCAGUAGGCUUCUUUUUUUAUUUUAAGCAGAAAAAGUACCGUUCUGAAGUUUUUUUUAUUGGAGCUUCUCAUUCCACAGUUGUUUAUGCCGACAGGACAUUAUAUGCGUUUGGAAAUUAGCGGACAGUAUAUCAUUUAUAUAUAAGGAAAUUAGUGGUAAAUUUUAAGAAGAAAGGAAAAUCUAAGUGUAAAUGCUUCAAUAAUUGGACUAAGUCAUAAUGCAUUGUAAAAAAAUCAUUGAUAAGCAAAAAAAAUUGAUUACCUAAACAUUUUAGAAA